GUGAAAAAUCAAUGGCAGUUAUAGCUUGACUGCGCUUAAUCUUGAUGCGGAGAUCACAGUAAUGACACUCCCAAGUCCCAACAGGCAACAGACAAUUCGCAGUCCAAGUGUGUGAUUCUGACUUUGUAUGAGCUAAUGAGUUUGUGGUUCAUCGGUUUCCACGACUGAUAAACCAUCCACAACUACAAUUUUUGGAGCUAUUUGAACUGUCUUCUAUCUAUCCCUCACCUUUUCUCUCUUCACCAUCUCAUACAACCUUCGUUUAAUUGCAGAGAAUCCAUGAUUUCUUCUUUCCUGUGAAAAGAAGGAACACCCAUCAUCCGUUUGAUUAUCUUGUCCGUCCUUAUUCUUCUUACAGUUAAGCUCUCCUACCAUGGCUUCUUCAAUGGCUUCCAUGUCUAGGUUUCUUCAGAAAGAUACUAAAUUACAGAUGCCUAGCGGCCUUUACAGAGGAAGCUCUUGUUUGCCUGUCAGAAGACUUCAAUCCCAUUUGGUAGACCUGAGAAGCAGCUUAGUAUCUAAUAAGGCAACUUGGACCGUCCUAAACAGUGUCUGGAGUCCGAUAGUCGCUUUGUCUUCUCCUUCCUCAAUUGUUCAAGCUUCGCGCAGAAGCAAUCGAGUUUUGUGCAAAGCAGCAGCAAGUGUAUCUGGGGAGGUUCCUAGUAGCAAGCCCAGUGGAUUGAACCAAUAUGAGAGUAUAAUUGAAACAUUAACAACUCUUUUUCCUUUGUGGGUCAUAUUGGGUACAAUUAUUGGUAUAUACAAGCCAGCUGCGGUUACUUGGUUGGAGACCGACCUUUUCACUGUUGGCUUGGGUUUCCUCAUGCUUUCAAUGGGAUUGACCUUGACUUUUGAUGACUUCAGACGUUGCCUGAGAAAUCCAUGGACUGUGGGUGUAGGAUUUCUUGCUCAGUACUUCAUUAAACCCAUGUUAGGCUUCAUCAUUGCAAUGAGUCUAAAAUUGUCAGCUCCACUUGCAACUGGUCUUAUUUUGGUCUCAUGCUGCCCUGGAGGCCAGGCAUCAAAUGUUGCAACCUACAUAUCCAAGGGAAAUGUUGCACUCUCUGUUCUCAUGACAACGUGUUCAACAAUUGGUGCUAUUGUUAUGACACCUCUCCUCACAAAGCUUCUUGCAGGUCAGCUUGUUCCAGUUGAUGCAGCAGGCCUUGCCCUCAGCACUUUCCAAGUUGUUUUGGUGCCAACUGUCAUUGGAGUAUUGUCGAACGAGUUCUUCCCCAAGUUCACUGAAAAAAUAGUCACAGUGACACCGCUAAUCGGGGUUAUCCUUACCACAUUACUUUGUGCAAGCCCUAUUGGGCAAGUUUCAGAUGUCUUGAAGGCUCAGGGUGCACAACUGAUAGUUCCUGUAGCUAUUCUACAUGCUGCUGCAUUUGCUCUUGGUUAUUGGAUUUCAAAAAUGUCAUUUGGUGAAUCCACUUCUCGUACCAUUUCUAUAGAAUGUGGGAUGCAGAGUUCAGCCUUGGGAUUCUUACUUGCUCAAAAACACUUCACAAAUCCCCUUGUUGCUGUUCCUUCAGCUGUCAGUGUUGUUUGCAUGGCGCUUGGUGGGAGUGCCCUUGCUGUCUUCUGGAGGAACAGUCCAAUUCCAGAUGAUGACAAGGAUGAUUUCAAGGAAUGAGAAUUCUUUGGCCUUUUCUGCUGGUACAUUUUUGUUUCAAAUUAUGUGUCAGUUCAGAGCUUUUCCACUUAGAGUACAACCUAUAGGAGAUAUCAUUUAAACUUCCCCUUUAAUGUGAGGAAACAAUUUUGUAUUUACAUUGCAUUUAGAUAGUUAGAUUGUUACUAUAGGAUGUAGAAAAGUUUUUGUUUUUUGCUGGUCAACUAGAAAAGUUUAAUUUGAGAUACUGUUUCUGGAAUUAGGAAGAUAAAUUGGUUUUGGGUAAGUAAUACCCAGUGAAGAAUAAUUCCUUUGUUCUCA